ACAAGAGUCAAGCGCUCAGCAACCAUGAUCAAAGUAUCGCCGGAAAAUUUAGAAAAAAUUCAAUUGUAUAUACAGCAGCUUAUAUUAUUCUUACAAAACUGCACAUGGAUAUUAGAUGCAUACGUAUCAGAUUUCUAUUUCAAAAACCACUGGGACAGAUUGCCAGAAUCUUGGUGUUCAGUAUUAUCUGACUUGACAACAGAAGAAUUGAGCUUUCUGCUUGACAGACAUCCAGUGCAUUUAAGGAAAGUGGCACCCUUAUCUUUGCUAAGUUUUAAGUCAUGUUGUGAUGCGUACUCGCUGGAUAGACGAUGUGAGGGUGACAUUUCCAACAAGUUACAGAAUUUGUUCAGUGGAUGCGCUGAUGGAACAGCAGCAGGAAGCAGAAGUAGGACAGAUGGUAAAGACAAUGAAACCAGUCCAGUCCAGUUUCAACCAUUAGAUGAGAGUGGGAAGCUGCAUGCCUUCUUUAAGAAACAUGUGAAACCAAAGAAACAGCAUGAAAUCAAAAACUUAGGACAGGUUAUAUAUCUGUUAAGCAAGCAUAUUGAAUGCGACAAUGUGGUAGAUGUGGGCUCAGGUCUAGGACACUUGGCAAGGCUGUUGUCCUUUGGAUAUAACUUGAAUGUCACAUCAGUAGAAGCUGCAGGUACACAUGCACCUAAGGCUACUAAAUAUGAUAGAGAAAUAGAUAGAGAGAUUAAAAAGAAAAUAAUGGCUGCUGAAGGAAAUGAUUGUGGUAAAAUCUCUCUGCCUUGUCAUGUGACCAGCAUGAUUUACCCAAAUAUGACUUCAGAUGAGUUCAUAGCAAUAAUUACUUCCCAACAGAAAAUCAAUUCUGAAACUUUCGAGCAAGAACAGAAUGUCAGUUCUGAAACUUUCGAGCAAGAACAGAUUGUCACUUCUGAAACUGCCCAGCAACAACAAAAUAUCAAUUCUGGAACUUCUCAGCAACUAUUUGAUUCAGGUACUAGGAAAAUUAUGAGAGAUGACUCUAAAUAUAGAGCAUGUGCUCUUCAAUCGAAAGAGGUAGAAAAAGGUAAUGAUAAUUCAAAUGAAUUUGCUGAAACAGUGGGUGAUAAUUUGACCAAAUACUCUGAACAAGUCAGUGAAAAUUUGACUGAAAACUCUGAACCAGUCAGAGACAGAUUUGAUAAACUCCUCACAGAUAGAAACAAAAGAAUGUCAAAUGAUGGACAAAAUUAUAAAGGAAUGAAAUAUGCAAAACUAGAAUCAGAUUCUUUAAAUAGUCAUUGCGGUGAUCCAUUAAGGUUAGAACGUGUAACAUCUUCCUGUAAUUCAGAAACAGGCUCGUUAAUUGGCAAUAUUUCUGAAACAGACUUGGAAGCAAGAGUUGAAUUAGACUCAGAAUCAACUAAAUCUGGUCUUAGAGAUGAUACAGUAACUUCUUGUGAUUUACAUAAACAGUCGGGGAGAAGUUAUCUCAGUGACAAUGAAGUCUGUGAAAUAAGUAAUUCAAAAACUCCACUUACUCAGGUAGGAACAGUAUGUCAAAAUACAGACACUUUAGAUGUACAUAGUCCAUGUAAGCUACAAAGUUUUGGUGAACAAAUUGAUUCAUCUCAGUGGCGAUUUGUGUUAACUGGAUUACACGCAUGUGGAGAUCUGACACCAACUUUCCUACGAUUUUUUGUGAAUUGUGAUGCUGCAGCGGGUUUGGCUUCAGUUGGCUGCUGCUACAUGAAGAUAUCGGAUGAAAGUUGUGGCGUUGAAACAGUUGGAUAUCCUAUGAGCAGAUAUUGUUCAUCUUUACCACAUCAUCAACUGUCUUACGCUAGUAGAGAACUUGCCUGCCAUUUUGCAGAUACCUACUCACAGAGAUUAAAAGAGUGUCCUCCCCUUCUAAAGAUCCACAGCUACAGAGCUGCUCUAGAGUGGAUUGCAAACAAACUGUGCCCAGACUUCAAAAGAACUGCUGUGCAAAUACCAACAAAGAAAAUAAAGGACUUACAGUUUGAUAGGUAUGUGAGAUUAGGUCUGCAGAAAUUGAACAUUCCCGAGGAACAAUUACCUGAUGAAUUGCUACACCAAGCUGACAGAAUGACUGAGAAAUGGAAAGAUGUUGUUGCAUUUUACACAAUACGUCUUGCCCUUGCUCCUGUUGUAGAAACUCUAGUACUGCUUGACCGGAUGAUGUUUUUAUAUGAGAAAGGGUAUACAAGUGCUUUGGUGCCAGUCUUUGACCCUGGACUCUCACCUAGAAAUUUUGUGCUACUCUCGUGGAAGGACAGUACUUGAUGACAAGUAACCAUCUAGAAAAAUAAGUGUUUGUCUUUGUUAUGCUUUAAGACACACUGUUACAAUGCGGACAGCGUUACAAUGCAGACACUGUUACAGUGUACAUAAUUUGACCUACCAGCUUCUUAUGAUAGAGGAAGAUGCUAGAUGAUCAUAUCUUCAGCUGCAGUCAAUAAACGUGAUGGCAUGCUUCCUCACAUAAAGAAUUGGACAUUAAAAGCCCAUCUCUGCAAGGGGCAAGUGAUUCGAAGUCAUAAAACUUGACCACAGAGAGAUGCUCCAUGUAUUGAUGAAGGUUUAAAUUCAACAUUGUGAAAAAUAUUAUUUUUAGCUUGACUGCACAAAGUGUAUGGAGAGCUGUCCUACUCAACAUGGCGAUGGCACUCCCACCUUGGUUAAAUUUUGAUACACUUUCAAUUUAUCACCAUUAUUACUAGAUGGAUUUGCUUCUUGGUAUUCAUCAUCACAGACAUGCUAAACAAGAGCUGUAAAUCUGGCAUUGAUAUUUCAAGAAGUGUGCUCCCUUUUUACUCUCAAUUCAGGUUAAAGUUUUUGUUGUUACUAAAUAGAUUUUAUUCAAACUUCUUAUGACACAAGGUUUAUAUCUCUAGCACCAAUAUUUUAGGUAUACCCCUUUUUAGAUUUUAUGUUAAAAUUUGUAAGCAUUUUAUCUCUGUUUCUAUCAAAUAAAUUUGAUUCAAAUUAGAACAGUUGUUCCAUAUCAUCACCAAUAUCACAUGAUACAAGUUUCAUAACUUUGGCAGAAAUAUUCAAUGAAUUAUGUAGAGACCGUACCAGAGCUCUUCGCAUACUUUGAUUUUUCAAAAUACAGUGUUUUUUACAAGUGCACCAGUUACAAUUAAACAAGAGGGCCAAGAUGGCCCUAGGUCGCUCACCUGAUAAACACAUCAUAACAGUGGACAUGUUUGACAUAGUGAUUUCAUGGAAACAAAUAUUCUUACCAAUUUUCAUUAAGAUUGGAUCAAAAAUGUGGUCUCUUAAGUGUAAAAAGCAUUUUCUUCAAUUUGACCUAGUGACCUAGUUUUUGAGCUAAGAUGACCUACAUUCAAAUUCGACCUAGAUUUGAUCAAGGCAAUCAUUCUGACUAAAUUUCAUCAACCUCGAUUAAAAAAUACAGCCUCUAUCGCAUACAAAACGUUUUUCUUUGAUAUAUCCUAGCGACCUAGUUUUUGACCCCAGAUGACCCAUAUUUAAACUUGACCUUUAUUUCAUC